AGAGUGGUAGAGUGGGUGGCGGGUCAGUGGCUCGUUCAGUGACCGGUUAAGGAGGUCAGUGCUGCAGGAUGGCGGGCUGGUGGUCUCUGCUGCCGCUGCUGCUGCUGGUUGUGAGCGUGCUGUGUGAGGGAGCUGCUGCCCGGAGCUUCAGCACAUCCACGUGGAAGCACAGCCGAGACCCUUUAAGAAGAGACCCUAAAGCUCAGUUCAAAGAGAAGUACUUCACUCAGAUUCUGGACCACUUUAACUACAACAGCCUGGGCAACGGCACAUAUCCACAGAGAUACCUCAUCACAGAUCAGUACUGGAAAAAAGGCUCUGGACCCAUCUUCUUCUACACUGGAAAUGAAGGCGAUAUCUGGGACUUUGCCCUGAACUCUGGAUUCGUGUUGGAGCUGGCAGUUGAGCAGGCGGCGCUGGUGAUUUUCGCUGAGCACAGGUAUUAUGGGAAAUCUCUUCCAUUUGGGGACGAGUCUUUUAUCAUCCCGAAUGUCGGGCUCCUGACUGUGGAGCAGGCGCUGGCUGAUUACGCCGUGAUGAUCACAGAGCUGAAGAAGGAACUCAGAGCUGAAAAAUGCCCUGUAAUAGUUUUGGGAGGAAGUUAUGGAGGCAUGUUGAGUGUCUACAUGCGAGUUCGGUACCCAAAUAUAGUGACUGGAGCUCUGGCAGCCAGCGCUCCUAUUCUCUCUACAGCAGGAAUGGGCGACUCCGGGCAGUUCUUCAGGGAUGUUACUGCUGAUUUUGAGAACUGCAGUCCAGUGUGUAAGGAUUCAGUCAGAUCAGCUUUCCAGAAACUGCAGACUCUGGCUCAACAGGAGGACUACGCCGGAAUCCAGUCUGCAUUUUCUCUGUGUAAAACUCCAUCCUCCUCUAAAGACAUCCACCAGCUCAACGGCUUCCUCCGCAACGCCUUCACCCUACUGGCCAUGAUGGACUACCCUUAUAAAACCAGCUUCAUGUCCGUGAUGCCGGCUUUCCCUGUUAAGGUGGCGUGUGAAACCAUGCUGAACGGAACUGAAGUGCUGUCUGCUCUUAGAGACACUGUUGGUAUUGUGUAUAACUCUACAGGGGAGCAUGCCUGUUACGACCUCUACUCUCUGUAUGUGGAGUGUGCGGACCCUACAGGCUGUGGUCUUGGCUUCAACAGCUAUGCGUGGGACUAUCAGGCCUGCACAGAGAUUGAGAUGUGCUUUGAGAGCAACAACGUGACGGACAUGUUCCCCCCCAUGCCCUUCACCGAGAGCAUGAGGGAGGAGUACUGUGCCAGGAGGUGGGCGGUGGUGCUGCGGCCGGGCUGGCUCAAAACACAGUACUGGGGGGACGCUCUUUCAACAGCUAGCAACAUCAUCUUCUCCAACGGUGAUCUGGAUCCGUGGGCCAAUGGAGGGAUCAGAAAGUCUCUGAGUGAUUCACUGAUUGCAAUCAACAUACCAGAGGGAGCUCAUCAUCUGGACCUGAGGGCGUCCAACCCAGCUGACCCCGACUCAGUAAUAAAGGCAAGACAGACGGAGGCUAAACUCAUCGCCCAGUGGGUAAAAACUGCGAGGGAAAAGACUUUCUGAAUGAACUUGUAAUUAGUUCAGUGAUUCAUGUUUUUAUAAGGUUGAAAUAAAUUGGGCUGCCUAAGGGUAAGUUUUCUGUUCCUCCACUAAGGCUGGGUGCAGCAGCAUUAGCAUUAGCCGCUAACCACGCACUGAGAAACCCUGAGUGUUCCGGUAACCCAGGGCACUAUCAGUUAGCAGUUCGUCCCACAUAGGUUGUUUUAACACGGUAAACACUCAAAAGAUUUAGUGCUGUGGUUAGCGGCUAAUGCUAAUGCUGCUGCACCCAGCCUUAGUGCUGGAGAAACUUCACCCUUAGAUUAGGUUUUCAAGAGGGAAUUCUAUGUAGAUUAAAAUUCAGCCCAAUUUAUUUCAACCUUAAAAAAAAUAUGAAGCCCUGAAAGACUUAAUGAAAUGUUUUUUUCUUUUUAGUAUUAACUUGUAUCAAAUUCAGUGCUUGGUUUUGAGGUAUGAAAUAAAUUGUAUUUUACAGUC